CCGGCAGCGGCCAUUUUUCCACAUUAAAGCUAGUCGCAUCGAACAAGCGUUUGUGUUUUCUAUAAAUAAAUUUAAAUUUUUACAAAUAAAAAUGAGGGAAAUCGUACACAUUCAAGCCGGUCAGUGCGGAAACCAGAUUGGAGCCAAGUUCUGGGAAAUCAUCUCUGAUGAACACGGUAUCGACCCCACCGGAGCAUACCACGGAGACUCAGACCUCCAACUCGAAAGAAUAAACGUCUACUACAAUGAAGCAUCUGGAGGUAAAUACGUACCUCGUGCCAUCCUGGUCGAUUUGGAACCAGGUACCAUGGACUCUGUCAGAUCUGGACCUUUCGGACAAAUCUUCAGACCAGACAACUUUGUGUUUGGACAAUCCGGAGCAGGCAACAACUGGGCUAAAGGUCAUUACACGGAAGGAGCAGAAUUAGUAGACUCAGUAUUAGAUGUUGUAAGGAAAGAAGCAGAGUCUUGUGAUUGUUUACAAGGGUUCCAACUUACACACUCCCUUGGUGGUGGUACUGGCUCCGGUAUGGGUACUCUUUUAAUUUCAAAGAUCCGCGAAGAAUACCCUGACAGAAUUAUGAACACAUACUCAGUCGUCCCCUCUCCCAAAGUAUCUGACACAGUUGUAGAACCAUACAACGCAACACUCUCCGUACAUCAACUUGUAGAAAACACAGACGAAACUUACUGUAUUGAUAACGAAGCUCUCUACGACAUCUGCUUUAGGACAUUGAAACUCACCACCCCCACAUAUGGAGAUUUGAACCAUCUUGUAUCUCUUACAAUGUCUGGAGUAACCACCUGUCUUAGAUUCCCUGGUCAAUUGAAUGCUGACCUUAGAAAAUUGGCUGUAAACAUGGUACCAUUCCCACGUCUCCACUUCUUUAUGCCCGGCUUUGCACCAUUAACUUCCAGAGGCAGUCAACAAUACAGAGCUUUGACAGUACCAGAACUUACCCAACAAAUGUUUGACGCCAAAAACAUGAUGGCAGCUUGUGAUCCAAGACACGGACGUUACCUUACAGUCGCCGCAGUAUUCAGAGGAAGAAUGUCAAUGAAAGAAGUAGACGAACAAAUGUUGAACAUCCAAAACAAAAACAGCAGCUACUUCGUAGAAUGGAUCCCUAACAACGUUAAGACUGCCGUUUGUGACAUUCCACCUAGAGGACUUAAGAUGUCGGCUACCUUUAUUGGUAACUCUACCGCCAUCCAAGAGUUAUUCAAACGUAUUUCUGAACAGUUCACUGCUAUGUUCAGGCGUAAGGCUUUCUUGCAUUGGUACACCGGAGAAGGUAUGGACGAGAUGGAAUUCACUGAAGCUGAAUCCAACAUGAACGAUUUGGUAUCCGAAUACCAACAGUACCAAGAAGCCACCGCUGACGAAGACGCUGAAUUCGAUGAAGAUCAAGAAGCAGAAGUUGACGAAAACUAAAUUAAGUCACACAGCAUCUUUUAUUUUUUCACUUAUAAUUUUUUUUUUUCGCAUGUUACUGUGGACGUUUCCAAUAAUUAUUUAUUUCGAAUAUUUUGUUUGUUCAAGACUGAGUCCGAUGUUUAAUUUAGAGUCCAAAAUGUUUUUCUAUAAUAUCUGUAUUUUGUGUUUUCUGAAAUAAGCAUUGAAACUAGAACUGCCAUCUUGUGUAAGUAAUCCUUUUUUUUUCUGUUUGUCACAUGCGAAUUGUAUUAAUUAACCCCUUCCCCCCUCACCAAAACUUUUUUUUGUUUCCCGUCCAAAGUUGAAUUGUUUAGCUUUUAAUUAAUUUAAAAAAAAAAAAAUAACGUUGGCAGAUUUACCGAUUUUUUUAUUACCAAACCUCGUUUCAAAGCUUUUAAAACCAAAAUUAAAGAUUUUUCUAUAUAAUAUU